AUGGACCGAACCUUCUCAAACCAGGCACGAACUCUGUCGGUCUGGGCCGAGAUCGGCUGGCCCGCUAGCCCCGACUCGCGCGACCGCGGGCCUGCGGCGCUGCGCCCGCUGCCAGCUGCCCUGCUCCAUCCAAUCACGGAUCCAUAUCCACCGUCAAGCUCUUUGCUCGAUUCCGCGUACUGCAAGGAAACUUCUCGAAUGGUCGAACACUGGUUUGGAGGCGUUUGCUCGCAAUCCAUGGCGACUUCUACGGCUGCUGCCACUGCUCUGCUCCGCCCCAGCAGGCCGGCAGUUCCAGCCAAGCGGUGUCUCCAUGCAGUUGCUGGGCGGACGACGACGAGAAGGAGGAGGGGAGCUGCAGGGGUCAUGCGAGCUUGCUUCAACCCUCUUGGGGACGAGCGCAUCCUCCGAGAAGCCAUCAAGGAGCCAGUAGCACUCAUGGGUGGUGUGUUUGCUGGCCACUUGAGGCUUGACCUGAACGAGGAUCCUCUCAAGGAAUGGAUAACUCGUACAGUGGAGGCUUCUAGAAUAGCUGAGGAAAACAGCUCUGAAGAAUCAAGUGAGGCAGAUCAAAAUGAUGCACCUCAGCAAAUUGAGAUUGAGUGA